CUGCUGGAUGAGUCCGUUGAAGCAAGACAAGCAAUGUUAAAUAAUGCUAAUAGAGAAGUGUAUAGACGCACUUAUCUUUCAUCUUUUCGUAAAAUGCUAAAACGCUCACCCAAUCGCACUCGCAAUUCAGCAACACCGUCUCCAACUCAGCCAUCCUCUCCAGUUGACAGACGAGCUAGUUUAAUUGGUAAUUCACCAGAUGGGAUUAUAAGUAUAACUGAUCUACAGAUGAUGAUGAUCGACUCUAAAUUAUAUAAACUGCAACAGCUGCUAAGUCUUGAGACAACUUUACAUAUGAUACAUCUUAAUAAGGAAUCUCUGAGGAGGGCUGGUUGCUUGGUUGGAUAUCCUGAUAAGAUGGGUCUAAAGGUACAAGAAACACUGGAAUCUAUCUUUAUAACGCUUUUGGAAACUUUAGGAACAUUGCAUAUUAAGCCUGGUUUCGAUAUUGCACUUCGACACAUUGGAGAACAUAAACCUGAUGUAGAAUCAACAAACACGGGUCUGGCAUCAUUAGUGGAGUUUUUCGAACUCGUUCACAUUGUUGACUUGAUACAGCAGAUGAUACAAGUAUAUUAUGACGAAGAGAUGUGUCGAUUCGUCGAUAAACACGAUUUUCUAAGUAGGUGCAAUAAAGAGAAAAAGAGAUUUGAAAAAAUUCUUGAUGAAAGCGUUGCUGCUGGUUUAAACAAAGGCAUACAGGCACUGAUGGACCAAGCUGAAUUCAUUUUGAUGACGGAACAACAACCUGAAGAUUUUCGACCAGCAAAUAAUACACCAUUAGAAUUAAAGCCGUCCAAGGCUUGCAUACAUACUGUUCAAUGUCUGGAAGCGCAUGCCAAACUAGUCGCAGGAUGUGCAGAUCAGCAUACGUUAGAUGUAUUUUAUCAAGAGAUUGGACUGAGAUUCUUCAGUGUUUUACUUAAGCAUCUGAAGAAAUUUGUUGUCAGCAUUGAUGGAGGGUUUCAAGUGAUAAGUGACUUGAAUCAUUACACGUCCUUCAUAAUGACUCUUCAACAAUCGUCGAUAACUCCCUUCUUCAUAGCGCUCAAAGAAAUGGGCAGUGGAUAUAUUAUUUCGACAGCAAAGGAUGUUGGACUUUUCAUUCGUGAGGCAGAGCGAUUCAAGGGAAUCCUGAGGGCUGAAGAUGUGUAUGAGUUUGUGCAGAUGAGAGAGGAUUGGGCAGAAAUUAAGAAGGAAGUCGAGAAACAGUUGUUUGGAUUGAAAGCAGAAGAUUGUGUUGUCAUGUAA